AUGCCCUCCUGGUUACCAUCGAUUCCGUACCCUCCUCCAGGGCAGCCUGGCUACUGGCACCCAGUGACUUCCACUCUCCAAUGGUGUGAAGAGGAUUACUACGCAACCUAUUACUCGGCCGAGAUCGUCAACACAUUGACCAACUUGAUCUUCAUCUACCUCGCGUACAAGGGCGUCAAGAGCUGUCGAAAACAUGGGCACGAUACAGUGUUUGAAGUUGCAUAUUUUGGGUAUUUCCUGGUCGGGUUUGGAAGUUUCAUGUUUCAUUCCACGCUGAAAUAUCCCUGGCAACUAGUUGACGAGCUAAACAUGAUCUACACCACAUGUCUCAUGGCCUACGCAAGUCUGUCCUAUUCACGUUCAUCUCAAGUCCAAGUCGGCCUCGGGGUGUUUUUCGUGCUGUUUUGCGCCUUCAUCACCGUCUACUACCACUACAUUCAAGACCCAACUUUCCACCAGACCGUCUACGCCGCCUUGACCGUCUUCAUUGUCUUCCGAAGCAUCUAUAGCAUGGAGUACACACUGCGUCCGUCACUGCGCCAGAGCGAAGAAAGACACCGACUCGAACGCCAGAGACAGAACAAGCCGGCACUAUCAAAACAACAGCAAGAAUACGAGAAUCAACGAGACAUGCAGAUCCUCAAGUCUAUGUGGUUGCUUGUUGGCUUCGGCGUGUCCAUCUUUUUGGGAGGGUUUGCCAUCUGGGGUAUAGACAACCAGUACUGUUCGACGUUGAGACGGUGGCGCAGAGCCAUUGGCAUGCCGUGGGGUUUCUUCUUGGAGGGUCACGGCUGGUGGCAUCUGAUGACGGGAAUCGGCGCUUAUUGUUAUAUUGUCUGGGGCAUUCAUCUGCGACACAUUCUCAAUGGCGAUCAGGAGCAUUAUCGUAUGGUUUGGCCGAGUUUUUGGAGAUUGCCUGAGAUUGUCAAGGUUUCGGAGCCACCCGCGCGGGAUAGCACUGGCAAGGCUGCCAAUGGCGCCGUGGCGGACGGCGAAGUGAAUAGUGGGCAUCUCAACGGCGACGCAAAGAAGUUGAACUGA